CCCAUGGCUCCCCAAGAAGAAGAGUUCAGCAUUUGUGAAGAAGCCAUUGUGUGGCCCAGCAGGUUUAACCAGGCACAGCCCCUUUCUCUUUGCAAUGCCAAUUGUCCUUUGGGUUUUCAAAAAACAAAGAAGGAAGGGAAACCGUUUUGCUGCUAUGAUUGCAUUAUAUGUCCAGAAGGGAAGAUUUCCAACCAGACAGACAUGGAUGAAUGCUUUCAGUGCCCACAAGAUCAUUACCCAAAUGUGGAAAAGGAUUCUUGCCUGCCAAAGAACAUACAAUUCUUGUCUUAUGGAGAACCACUGGGGAUCUCUUUGGCCUGUUUUGCUCUUUCCUUGUCCUUCCUUACAGCUUUGGUGCUUUGGAUUUUCAUUAAGCACCGUGAAACUCCCAUAGUCAAAGCCAACAACCGCAACCUCUCCUACACUCUCCUCACCUCCCUCUUGUUUGCUUUCCUUUGUGCUUUGCUAUUCAUCGGUCAACCUGAGAAAGUGACAUGUCUCCUUCGACAAACAGCUUUUGGCAUCAUCUUUUCAGUGGCAGUUUCUUGUGUGUUGACAAAGACAAUCAUUGUGGUCCUUGCUUUCAUGGUCACCAAACCAGGGUCCAGCAUGAGGAAAUGGGUGGGGAAACAACAGGCCACCUUCAUUGUUCUUUCCUGUUCCUUGAUUCAGGCUGCUCUUUGUACUGUGUGGCUGGCAACUUCUCCUCCAUUCCCAGAUUUAGACAUGCACUCAAUGAGUAAAGAAAUUGUUCUGGAAUGUAAUGAAGGGUCAGUCACCAUGUUCUACUGUGUCUUGGGGUUUAUGGGCUUGCUGGCCAUUGUCAGCUUCUCUGUAGCCUUCCUAGCCAGGAAGCUACCCGACAGUUUUAAUGAAGCCAAGUUUAUCACCUUCAGCAUGCUGGUAUUUUGCAGUGUGUGGCUGUCCUUUGUUCCAACUUACUUAAGCACAAAAGGAAAAUAUAUGGUGGCUGUGGAGAUCUUCUCCAUCUUGGCCUCCAGUGCUGGUUUACUAGGCUGUAUAUUUUCACCAAAAUGUUAUAUUAUUGUAGUGAAGCCUGAAUUGAAUAGCAAGGAGCAACUCAGAAGGAAGAAUUGA